AUGCAGAGUAACUUGGCACCGUCCGUGACGCCGCGGCCCGUCAAGCCGUCGGCGCCGGCAGCUCGAGGUGGUCGGACGUAUUUGCUCUGCGCGUCUCCCAUCAAAUUCUCGUCCGGCGAUGCCAAAGCUCAAGCGGUGAUUCGACCAGCCGAGUCGCCCAUUCCCCCGACAAUGCGGAAGAAGCCGCUGAUCUUGAGUGGUGACAUUCGCAAUCUAGGGACCAAUUUCCAGCUCGCGACGGCGCGUGAAACCCUCUCGCUCGCCCAUUUGGGUGACGUGUUUGCCGCUCACGGCAUCGUCAUCACCCGUGCAGAGGCUCAAGCGCUCCGUCAUGAGUUCGAAGAGAACAACGAGCGAGGGCUUAGCUACGUUGAUUUCGUGGAUGAACUCGCCCGGUCCUGUCGAGGUCCCGUGACGGGUACGGGCGACACGGGCCGUCCGAAUGGAAGCAGUGGUCUAGUAGCAGGUGCUGCCGGUCGAACGCUCGUAAAGAAACCACAACUUGUCGAACAUUUAUCACGAUUGAGUGCGCGUCAUUCACAACUCGUUGGCGAAAUUCGAACGCUGUUAGGUGCCAAUUUACGCGUUUCUUGGACUGCUGUGCGAGACGCUUGUCGAACAGCAGAAACCAGUGUUACUGGCUCUGGAAAGCUGUCUAAAACCACGUUCGCGCGUGUGCUGGCAAGCCUCAAUAUCCCUCCAUUGCCACCUGCAGCUUUGGAGGAACUUUCACAGGACGGGUCUAAUAUCGACUAUCACGAAUUCCUCGCCCAGUUCGGAAGUAGCUUCCAGCACGGCGAUACCAACAAUGUAAGCAACUCGUUGGUAUUCGAUCGACCGGCUGGUAAACCGAUCGCUGAGGUCGUAAUUGGUACUGGAGCUAACAACGUCACGGCUACCAACAAGACGCUACAGUCUUUUGGGGUCACCAGUGCUUUGGGAGGCCAGUCACCGAAGAAAACCUCCAGUAAAAAGUCCAACAAACUCUCCGAGACGAGGAAAGACCCCGUCCUGCUUGAACAACUUCGAAUUGUUAUAGGAAAUCGGCUCAAGGCACGAACUGACGAGGCUUUGAGCGCUUUCAGUGCUCUUGACCCGUCUGAUUCUGGCUUCGUUCCUGCCCUUGUUUUCACCCAAGCACUGCGAGAUCUCCGUCUCGUCGAGUCUGAAGAAGACGCUGCUACUGUGCUGUACGCUGCUGUGGAUGGAGAUAAUAGAGAAAACGUCGACUAUCACAAAUUCGUGACCAACUUUGGAGAUGUGGCGCAUCCAAGAGGGAUAGAAACGAUGAGGCGCAGCUUACAGGAGAACAGCUCACUGGUCUUCCCGGGGCACAAAGACGUCAAAGGAGCGUGCAAGAACCGCGUGGCGCUCUCGUCGCCUGGAAAUGAACUAAAAGAAGCGUUUUCACGCUUACCCGAUGCAAGUUGGCGAGCGAUUCACGUGGAGUUAGAGCUCAGCGAUCCACACAAAAGCGGACUCGUGCCUGCAGCUGAACUACUUCGUGUACUGAGUAAACACCUUGGCCCGUUGCCGUCUCGACAUUUCGGCUCUCUCUUUCGUGCUUGUGGAUCUCACGCACAUCAACUCAUGGACUACCGCUCGCUCGUUAAGAGCUACAGACCGCGCGUAGUGGACACCGAGAGUUUCUUUGCUGCUCCACUUCAGGGUGACGGUGCACGGGGUGCGAUUGCUGUUGGUCUCCAGCAUAGUCAGCAAGCGACUGCACCGACUGAGUCUCUAGUGCUCGUGUGGAGCGUACGAGUAGCAAGAGCUCGUCUCGGCGCAGUGGAGUGGAGAGCGCUUCACGAUCGUCUCGCGGCGUGUGAUCCACGUCGGCAAGGGCGAGUAUCGACGCCGGCUUUUGCACUCGCAGUACGCGACGCGUUGUCCUUGACAGAAGCUCAGACUGCGUUCCUCUGCUACUUCUACGAAGACCGCAGUAUCGCUACGGAUUCUCCAUUGAUCCGAUACGCGUCCUUCCUAACAGACUACGAGGAUCCUGGACUUGAAUCGACGGAUCCCAGGGAAGAGAGUGAAACUGAGUCCGACCUUAACACGGAAUUGGAGCAACUGCGUCUGUUCUUCCGAGCGAAGGUCGAUGACUUGGAACGGAUGCUUGCGGCCGAGGACUCGGAAAACCGCGGCUUUGUCAGCCUCCCCGUGUUCACUCGAAUAUGCGCCAAGCUGAGCUCCGAAGUGGGCGCGACGUGGAAAGAAUCACGAGCAACGGCCAAGCUCUUAUCGAGGUAUAUCGCACGUGGAGGUCAGUUCUACUACCGUGGCUUCUUGCUGGAUAUGGACGCUAAAGUUGGUCUUCAAGCUCAGUCGCUUGUGGUUCAAGAAGAUGAUGAAGACGAAGAACGAGACAGCUUCAAGGUGGACUCCACCCAGAAAGACAAUCUCUUAGAUGUCCAUGAGGCGCGUGCAGCGAUCCGACACCUAAUGACAAGCUCUCGCUCGCAGCAAGGCGCCGUGUACAAGCUUCUGGCGAAUAUGGACCCUAGCAGCUCUGGUUUACUGACGUAUCCGGAGCUACGACGUGCUUUUGAGCGACUGGGAGUAAGUCUUCAAGAUGGUGCGGUAGUCCAUGAGCUACUGAGUUUCUACGAAGAAGAAGACGAACAAGGCGAGCGAACAACAGGCCAAGUCAAGUAUCUGCAGCUGCUUCAUGCUUUGGGUGGGAAGGAUCCGGAUAAAGUGGGCAAGGACUCGUGUAUGAGUGAUCUAUCGAGUCACUGUUCGUACUAUAGUGCAGUGGGGAUCAGCCCUCGAGCUGUGCGUCGCUCUCCAGCUGCAAUUGUGGCUUCUAGACAACUGACCAGUCGAGCGGGCCACGUCCUGGCGGCUCAAGCUGUAAAUCACGCCGUGGAGAACUCUCGAGCGGCUCUAAACGUCGGUAUUGGAACCACCGCCGGAGCCGCUGCAGUGGAGCAGAAGCUUCAAAAAGCUCUUCAAACGCAAGGGAAAACGGCGUGGAAGCUGCUCACACGUAGACUUCAGGCUCUUGACACCGAGCGUCGAGGUAGUGUGACGCCUUCCUCGCUGCGUAAAGUCCUGGGGGAGCUCGGUAUCGAGCUGGAUCACGAAGAAAUCGUCCGUCUGCAACUCAAAUACGACGCGGAACAGAAUGGACGUCUCAAUUACCACGCGAUGUUACGCCAACUCACCAGUUGUCUGAGUGCUCUCGGGUCUACAUCUACUGGAAGCGAGAACAUCCCCGAGGAUCUACGACUUGGUGUUCAGGCCAAGUGGAAAGAGGUGUACGCGUCGUAUAAAGCACUGGACAAGCACAAUUCUGGUCGAGUGAGCGCCGCCCACUUCCGCCAGAUGCUGGAGUGGUACGCGCUGCCUAUUACAGACACGAGUUUGCUGGCUGUUCUUCGAGUAUUUGACAGUGACGACGGCCUCGUCGACUACAACCGCUUCAUGCGCGCUUGUUUCCGAGGAUAA